AUGCUGAUCGCUGGAAACGGACGCGACGGAGAUGCUCACGUUGGUGACGGUGGCCGAACUGAUCGCCAAAAGAUCGAUGUGCACGCACAUGUCCUACCGCGGUACAUUCCUGAUUUCGCGCAGAAAUUCGGGUAUGCUGGGUUCGUUACGCUCGAUCAUCGUGCUGAUGGCACCACACACAUGAUGAAGGACGGCAAACUUUUCAGAGUAGUGGAGCCGAACUGCUUCGACAUUCAGGCUCGACUGAAAGACUUAGACUCAGCCAGGGUAGACGUACAGUGUUUGAGUACCGUCCCUGUCAUGUUCAGCUAUUGGGCUAAACCGGAGCACACCGAAGAAAUCAGUCGUUUUGUGAAUGAUGACCUACUAGCACAAUGCCAACACGCUCCAGACAGGCUCAUACCGCUUGCCACGCUGCCAAUGAACGACAUUCCCAGAGCUGUUCAGGUCGGUAGCUAUGGAAAUUGA